AUGGCAACAUUAAAGAAUCCAGGUAGACUCCCACCAGAAGUAAAUAGAAUACUGUUCGUAAAGAACUUACCAUUCAAGAUAACAUCAGCUGAAUUGUACGAGUUGUUUGGUGCAUAUGGUGGAAUCAAACAGAUUAGACUUGGCAAUCAGAGUGAUACGAUGGGUACAGCAUUCGUAGUGUACGAGGAUAUAUAUGAUGCGAGGAAUGCAUGUGAUCAUCUAUCCGGUUAUAACUUUGGUGGAAGAUACUUGGUAGUACUAUAUCAUCAACCUGCCAAGCAAGCACGCAAGAUGGAUCAGAACAAGAAGAGGCAAGAACUAGAGUUGAUGAAACAGAAGUUUGGAAUAGAGUAG